AUGGCUUAUGAACAGCUCAUUAAAGAAUUUAAGAAAGCGAAACCAAUUGGCAACUCUGAUCUAGAUAUACAGCCUAGAUAUGCAGCAAUUGCUCUUUUUUUAUCACUUCUACUGAUUACUUCUGCUCUAAUAACCGCUAAUUCUAAAAAAUCGUUUCCUUUAAAAUUUAUCACGUAUACAUUUCUAAGUGCAGGUGGUAGUCUCUUUUUCGGUCUUGGUGCCAUUUAUCUAGCCAAUUCUGUUGGAGUUUACAUUUGA